AUGUUUGUUUCAACACUAGAAACGUUACCAGAUGAAAUCUUAUUGAUUAUCUUUCAAUAUUUUAAUGACAUUUAUUUUCUAUUCCACACAUUUCUUGGUUUAAACCAACGUUUCAAUCAUAUUCUGCUCGAUAAACAAAUAUAUUUACUCGCUAAACUUAUCAAUAUAAAAAAGCAUGAUCGAAAUUUUUCUCGAUAUUCGAAUUCAGAGUUAUUCAAAACCAUUACUCACCAAUUAUCAUCGGCGAAUAAACUAACGAAGAAAUCUCGAUUACAACAAUGUUUUCGAGCAUUAGUUCAAUACCAUUUGCAAGAACAGUAUGUUCAAAUGAAAUCACAUGUGGAGCAAAACAUCUCCCAUCAUAAAUCGAUUCGAUUCGAUCUGUCCUCUCAGCAACGAACGCAGCACGAUGCGGAACUUAAGAAAACAUUUGAGAAUCUUCAUAAUCCAUUUCAAAAACCGAUUCUCAGGCAAAUUCAAACACUCGUGCACGCCCAGGGCGCAUCACUUGAAUACAAUGAACACGAACAAGCUGGAUUUUAUUUUGCCGAUGAUUUUCGCGAGCUCGUUUUCUCAUCGUCAUCAAUAUUGGCUUCGCAAAUCUUUCAAACCUUAUUCAUCUCGAAUCCUUCACUAUUGAAAUACCCAUGCUAUGGUGGCGGACAUCGUUUCAGUAUUUACGAGUAUCUUGUCUACUCGAUUUACUAUUCAACGUUAAGACAUCAACGGGGCUAUCAAGCAUUGAGUGAAUUGAUACUCUUCGCAACACAGUGUCAGAAAUAUGAAUCUGAUGAUGAGAUUUGGCUCGAGAAAACGAUAAUGAUUAUCUUGGAUGUUCUUUCAAAAAGUCGGCGAGUUCCGGUCGGUGAAGUUCUCAUUUAUGCAACUCAGCUGGAAAUAUUGAAAAUACUUUUGAAUGAAUAUCGAACGCUGGCUCGAAAGAAACGAUCUGACGGAGAAUUGAUAAGUCAGUUCAAGUAUAUUCUGGAUAGUUUGAUCGAAAACAAUCGAUUAGACAUUAUACUCCUAAUUUAUCGAGAUAUCGAUUUUUUUCAAAAGCUUUUCCACGACGUCAGACAAUUUGUGAGUAUUAUGUUAGAGAACCAAUUGCGAAGAAAGUUAUUUCAUCGACUUAUCAAGGACAAACUUGCCGAGGUUUGGUUGAUCAAUGAAGAGUGCAUAUUUUUACUACUCGAGAAAAAAGACCGCCGAUUGAUCGAACAAUUUCUACAAUCAUCUCCGUCAUCAAUUCAUCAAUUAGAUAAAGAUGGAAACAAUCUGCUACUUUUCACCUGUCUGAAAGUUGCAGGUCGCCGAUAUCGAUUGGUUGAACUGCUCAUUCAAAUAGGAUGUGAUCCUCAGCAAGAAAAUUCGCAUGGUAUGAACUUUUAUCAUGCAUUACAUUUGCACAAAAAUCGAUGGUUAUUACACAAUUUAAUUAAACGCACGUCAAUUAAUGUUCCUGAUAGAAUAGAACAGAUAUAA